AUGUCUACUGGAGCUGCUGAGGUGAUACUUCAACGUAUCUUUACUGGAAGUAUAUCAUUGGAUGACAUGGAGAUCAGGCGAAGGCCAUACCAUCGCAACUGCAAAUGUGCACUCCACAAGUUAAAAGAUAUUUGUUCCGAUGCUUGUCCUCAGCAAAGGAAUAUAUCCUUCACCAAGAAACAGGUACGGAGCGAUCAUUCCUUGUCCAAAGCUACUUCCAGACUCUCUUCUCCAUCUUCUACUGCUGAUUCCAAUGAUAAAGUCGGUGUCUCUUCCCGUAAGUUGGGUAUAAGGAAUACCUCCGAAAGAAUCAUUCCUAAAACCCAACCUGAAGGAUGGAACUUCUGGUCAAUCUCAACAGGAACAAGCCAAGCUCUGUCCUAA